CUAAAAGGUGUAGGCUACGUCUACGAAAGAUAAGAUGGGUUUUCUUUUUAAGAUUGGAGUAGAGUUUUUGACGGUCCCUGCCUUCUACGUCACAGCCUGUCAACCGCUCGAGGGAGAGGGGGGAGGGAGGGCAGGCUAGAGAGAGAGGGAGACACCGGCAGACGACGUCAAACGCUACGGUAGCCUAUACAGCGAGGGAAAAGAGGGGUAGCGCGGGAGGGAAACGUUAGAUAUUAAUACGUAUAUUUUAAUAUAUGUGUUAACCCUUAAAUGUCUAUAUAAAUGGACUGCUGGAUUUAUCAAUAGCUGGCUGCUGCAGAAAUAGUUUUUAAGAAUAUAGCCUUGUAGCCUAAUUAUUGCAGAAAUUUGACUAUUCGAACAGACUCAGAGAGUGACUGACUGGCUUUACCGGAUUUGCCAAGAGUCGUGACGAGAGGAUAGAGCAAAUAACGGAUCACCAAGGCACCGGGUUGGGGAUAUGUGAUCUGAUGAUCGCUUGCCAAGACGUGAGACCUUAACGGGAGCAGCAACUCCACUGAUCUGUUACGGAUUCGAAACCGGGAGAGGGAGCGAUUGGCACAAAGAGCGGAGAACGAAUCGCAUUGAGCCUACUAUUCCCGGAGGGAGGGUAACAGGAGACGCGCACUGAAGACAACAACGCCACGGUAAAACGUGGUUAAAAUAAACAAAAUAAUCUCAAAUUACUCUCGGGAUUAUUUUACAACGUGGAGUGAAGGAUCUCUUGAAAUCGGGGCUCUGAACACUCUCACGUCCGAAAGCUCUGGUCGCUCCUCUCCAGAGGACCACGACUCUGCUCGCACUCACCCCGCUCUUCUCUCCUCCAACACCCUCCAGCUCUGGUCGCUCCUCUCCAGAGGACCACGACUCUGAUCGCACUCACCCCGCUCUUCUCUCCUCCAACACCCUCCAGCUCUGGUCGCUCCUCUCCAGAGGACCACGACUCUGCUCGCACUCACCCCGCUCUUCUCACCUCGAACCCCGCAGAGCGCCUGUCGUUCUCCCCGCUGUGUUCCGAUGAAGGAAGCCGACGCGAUCAAGCUGUUCGUGGGGCAGAUUCCUCGGAAUCUAGAGGAGAAGGACCUCAAACCGAUCUUUGAACAGUUCGGGAAGAUCUACGAGCUGACGGUGAUAAAGGACAAAUACACCGGCAUGCACAAAGAUGAACCGACCCAUCCAGGUAAAACCAGCCGACAGCGAGGGGAGAGGAGAAGACAGGAAGUUGUUUGUGGGCAUGCUGGGUAAACAGCAGAGUGAUGAAGACGUCAAGAGGCUGUUUGAGCCCUUUGGCACUAUAGACGAGUGUACUGUACUACGGGGGCCAGACGGCACCAGUAAAGGUUGUGCGUUUGUGAAGUACCAGGGACAUGCUGAAGCUCAGGCUGCCAUUAGCACCCUGCAUGGGAGCCGCACACUGCCUGGUGCGUCGUCCAGUCUGGUGGUGAAGUUUGCCGACACAGAGAAGGAGAGAGGGCUGAGACGGAUGCAGCAGUGGCAUCACAGCUGGGCAUCUUCAGCCCCACCAUGACACUUAACUUCCCUGCUUACAACGCUUACACACAGGCCGUCAGCGCACAGGCGGUAAGCACACACACACACACCGUUUACACACAGGCCGUCAGCGCACAGGCGGUAAGCACACACACACACACCGUUACACACAGGCCGUCAGCGCACAGGCGGUAAGCACACACAGACCGUUACACACACGCCGUUACACACAUGCACACAUGCACGGAGGCACUCAUAUACACACACACACACUGGUUUGAGUGGUGCUUUGGGUAUGAGAGGAUGUGAUGUUUGUCAAGGGGCUAUCACUGUCCUAAUCUGCGCUAAUGUUAUUACUGAAUGGACACGUCAUUUAGCAUUAGCCAUCUCUCGACAAAAUCCACAGCAACACACACACACACACACACACUAGUAACCCCAGCUUUUCUGCUGCACAGCCAUUAACCCCGUGGCUGGAUAUAAUGGACAUGUAAUUACAUCUCUAUUCAUCCUCUCUGUCUCUGUCUCUAUCUCUCUCUCUCUCUUUCUUUCUCUCCUGUCU